AUGAAGGCCGUAAUUGGUUUUGUGAUGCUCAUGCUAGGAGUAGUGUCUACGGACAUGGCGGGCGAAUGUGACAUGGCCAGCUUCUACACAGAGUUGGGAUGCACGCCUGUGGAGCGAGCUGAUGGUGGCCUCUGUCCUGAGUCCUUCACCUGCCCAGACUUGCAUCCUGAUCCCACUAAAUGUUAUUACAAGGGCGUAGCGUAUGCUGACAAAUCCCCGAUACCUCAGCCACUAAUCAGCAAUCCAUGCUCGCAAGCCUGCAGCUGCAGCGUGUUCUCCGGGGAGCCACAGUUCAGCUGCGCGGCUGUUGACUGUGUGGAGACCUUCGACAAUGACAUGCAGCAGCAAUGCAUCUACACUUAUGAAGUAGACUCCUGUUGCAGUACUGGCACUGUUUGUGGUAAAGACGCAAUAGCUCAGCUAAAUACCUGCGAAGUAGAUGGCAAGACAUACCGCGAGGGUGAGACGUACCAGCCCAAGGACACACGUAAGACUUGUGUCUGUACAGCGGACUUCAACGCGACCGACAAUUCGUCUAACUGCCGGGACAUUAACUGCGGAAUAGAGAUCCACUAUCAGUCCGACUUACUUCGGAACUGCGCUCCUAUCUUCCCUGGUAACAUGCGCGGAUGUCCUAUCGGAUUCGAGUGUCAAAAUACAAAGACCAAGGUGGUUCGUGGUCUUAACAUUAAGAACCUGACGGCCUCCUGCGUGUUUGGCAACUCCACCUUGAUCGUUGGGGACGAGGUGACAGUUGAGGACACCUGCACUAAAUGUACCUGCACUGUCCCACCUUUUGUCACCUGCACGAGGAAGAAUUCUUGUGAUUCUACGAAAUAA